GGGUGUAAACUGCAGCGUAGGGACAGUCUGAUUCCCUGUUGCCCUGUGAGGGCACCCAGCACACUGCAGGGGUUACAGAAGAUAAUAAAUAAUAAAGGGCCCAUCCCCUUAGUGGGAUCAGUUACUGACUCCAGUGAGGGGAACUUGGCCCAAAGACUUUGUUUCCAGAGACAGGAGACAAGGGUGUUAAAGAGGAAGAUGCUGUGACUGUGUGUCACUUUUGCUUUUGGUCUUGUUUCUGGUUAAUAAAGAAGCUGCCAGAGUGAGAAUCCCAGAGCUUGUCUUCUGAGCAGCCAUGGGACGCCGAGGCUUCACAUUUCCUCCAAUGUUUUUCUUCCUUGGACUGUUCUGGUUUCAACCACCAGCAAGCGCCCAGAGGACAAACAGAAUUGGCACAUGUCAGACUGAGACUCUGGGAAGAGAAUUCAUCACCUCCUACAUGGAGGACUGUGGAAGCUCCAGUCAAUUUGAAAUGGAAAUUACUGGCUACUUUGCCUUCACUUCAGUGUCUGUUUCCAUCUCCAAUUACACGGGUGACGGGGGAAGGUUUGAGGAGAAGAUCAUGGUAAAUCAGGGAGAGAUGGUUCGGGUCAGGCUACCAGAGUCAGUGGGAAUUAAGGGCUCUACCAAGUUCUCCAAGGUGGUCCUAGUCAAGGCUGACAAAGAUAUCUCAGUAGUGUCUGUCAGCAACAAGACCACUGUGCUGUAUCCUGUCUCCAGCUUGGGAAAAGAACACUACAUAGUGACUCCCUCUACAGAAUGCUUAGAUAGUUACCCAGAGUUCUCUGUUAUGACGUAUGAAGACUUCAACGCCGUGGAGGUCCAUGUGAAAGGCAAGUUACGUGACAGAACACAGAGCAACUCCACUUGCGUCGGAACUAAGCUCCGCGCUUUCGAAGGCUACCAGUUUCAAGGCAUAGGAGAUCUGUCUGGCACCAGGAUUGUCUCAGAAAAGCCAGUAGCCGUCCUGAUUGGUCAGGGGUGUUUUUGUAAUAACACAAAAUGCAACCAUGUCUUUGAGCAGCUCCUACCAGUUUGCAGCUGGGGUACAACAUACAUCAUUCCUCCCUUACCCUGGCAGAAAAUGAAUGAAAUAGUCUACAUCACUGCCUCCCGGAACACAACUGUGUUGUAUCAACUAGGGGAACAGCAAGAGACUGUUACUCUAGCAGGAGGCAGCGUACUCCAGCGUCCUGUCAAGCCCUGGAUCCCAGUCUCCAUCUCUGCUAAUGUGGGCAUCCAGGUGGUGUUCUACAGUGUGGGCUGUAGAAUUCCUAAUUCCUCCCACACCUUCCUGAUGAAUGUUCCAGAUGUUGCCAGUUACUGCCAGAUGUAUUCUAUAAAUGCCCAGAAGGGCUUCGAGGACUUUGCUUUGAUGGUGGCCGAUACAUCAGAGACUGGUGCCAUCAUCCUAGACAAUCAGCCUCUAAGGGAUGUGGUGUGGAACCGUGUCCCUGGUACUGAGUUUGUUUGGGGCAUGCGUACACUUGGACCUGCCAUCAGGUCCCAUGCUGUGGAACAUCCCAGCUCUCCAUUUGCACUCCUGAGUGUUGGCAAUGCCGCCAUGGACAGCUAUGGGAUUCCGGGUUCCUGCAGGAAGAAUGUUACCUUUAAAUGCCAGACUGAGACUCUACAGAUAAAAGAGCAGUUGGAGAGGUGCAAAGAUGUCUUUCUGCAGGGCAACAACAGUGAAUUUUGCUCCUUCAUGAAUUCAACCUUGGUGAAUCUGGAGACCAUGUGUGCAGAGGACAGAGCAGUAUCGCUGCAGGAAGUUGCUCGUCCCUUUGGUUCCUUCCUGAAUAGCUCCAUCCUCAGUUCUGGUGGGAACGAGAGCAAGAGCGAGGUGGCCUCCGCCAUGACAUUCCUCCUGCAGAGUGUGGAACUGGCUGCACUGACUGCUGCUUUGAAGUCUCCGGAGAAUAAAACCCAGACUGUGACAACAGAGUCUAUGGCUAUCGAGACGCUCCUCGUUGUCCCGACUGCAGGUCCCUGUGAUGAGGUCUUCACGCUGAGAGCUCAGAAUGAGACAAUGGACAUUCACUGCAAUACGGUCACCAAAGCAUGCACAGAAGAUUCUGUGGCUGUUGCUUUUAUUUCUUACUCCACCCUGGACUCCAUCAUUAACAAGAGAUUUCUCAACGAGGAAGAUCUAACGGCUGAUGAGAAAUUGAGGAAUUUUCACCUGAAUUCCAGGGUGGUGAGUGGGGCUGUUGGAGAUGGGAGGCUCAUGAACAUCUCCAAACCUGUGAACUUCACCCUGCGCCAUAGACAGGCAAAGAAAGAGGAGGAAGAGACUCGCUGCGUUCACUGGAAAGUCAUCGCUGGGAAAGGCACCUGGGCUGAGGAUGGCUGCACCGCUCUGCACACGAACAGCACUCACACCAUCUGCAGCUGUGACCAUCUCUCCAGCUUCGCACUCCUUAUGGGUCUCACUGGAGUGGAGGAGAGUUACACACUGACCAUCGUCACCCAUGUGGGACUGACCCUCUCUCUGCUGUGCCUCCUGCUCGCCAUCCUCACCUUCCUCCUGUGCCGCUCCAUCCGCAAUGUCAGCACCUCCCUCCACCUGCAGCUCUGCCUCUGCCUCUUCUUGGCUGAUCUGCUCUUCCUCACCGCAGUGAAGCGCACCGGCAUUCGGGUGGUCUGUGCUGUCAUUGCUGGAUUCCUACACUACCUCUUCCUGGCCUGCUUCAGCUGGAUGUUCCUGGAGGGGCUGCACCUCUUCCUCACUGUCAGGAACCUGAAGGUCGUGAAUUACACCAGCGCCAGCCGGUUCAAGAAGAGAUUCAUGUACCCGGUCGGCUACGGAUUCCCAGCCCUGGUGGUGGCUAUUUCUGUAGGGGUGAAUCCUGAAGGCUACGGAACUUCCACACACUGCUGGCUCAGCCUGGAGAGAGGCUUUCGUUGGAACUUCCUGGGACCAGUCUGUGCCAUAAUCCUGAUAAAUUUAACAUUUUUUCUUGCAACCCUCUGGAUCCUGAGAGACAAACUCUCCUCCCUUAAUGAAGAUGUGUCCACUCUCAAAGACACCAGGCUACUGACUUUUAAAGCUAUCGCCCAGCUAUUCAUUCUGGGCUGCACAUGGAGUCUUGGUCUCUUCCAAGUUGGCUCAGCAAAAACGGUCAUGGCGUAUUUAUUCACCAUUGUCAACAGCCUGCAGGGAGCCUUCAUAUUCCUGGUGCACUGUCUCCUCAAUCGUCAGGUGAGAGAGGAGUACAGGAGAUGGAUUAAAGGCAUAAGAAAACUCAGCCCCACAACUCAAACUUUUAGUCCAUCAGCGUCCACUGUCACUACCAGCACCAAGAUGGUUCCAUGCAUCACUCGCUCUGGAAUGGGCUGGGAAGGUGUUGGAUUUGACACAAAGUCAGUGAAUUGCGGAGAGCCCUCCACUUCAUCUCUGUGAAACAGUCACCUCUCCAGCCAACGAUGUUUAUCAUACAGCCGGCUUUGCUGUGCCAGUGACGCAGGUGCUUCAGCUGCCAUUCUUCAUCAUAACUACAUACAAAACCUGGAAGGGGAAGCAAGAUUGGACCAAAUCCUCUCUCUGAUCCAAAUCCACAGCUCCUACUGAAUUCAAAGGCCAUCCUAGGGUUGUAGCUGGGUGUCUCUCCCAGAUUUAAAGAGCCAGAUCCCAGGUCAGAGAGCAGUUAUUUCUUAGGGAAAGCACACCAUGCGCUGGGGAGGGGCGGGGAUGGGUCGAUUUGCAAAGCCGUCGUGUGCUAUGUGUGUGAGCUAGCUCUGCUGUUUCACUGUAAUGUGUAAAGAAUAAAAUAACCUGCUUUUGGACCUUGGUUGCUUCUUUGGUUUGAGGGUUUGCUAUCUGUGUAUCCUGGAAACCUAGGGCCCAAUUCUAAAGCCUCUUUAUGCAAAUCUGGCAGUGUAAAGGGUCUUUAAAGUGGGCAGAAAUGGCCCUGUGAUUAGCCCUCCAGUGCAGGAGUCCUUUCUGGCUGCUGUAGAACUGGCAUAAAAUCUCUACAUUAGCCCUGCUCCCACCCUGGCAUGGGGGUUGUGAGUGGUGGGGUAGAGGUGCUGCUGAGGGCAUGGCUGAAGGACACUGCUUCAUGGCUAUUUUUAUUGAGUAUUAAUAAUUUUUUAUAUGAUUUUGUGAUUUCAUAGGUAUCUAUAUCCCCUUUUAGGCCCCAAACCAAACCAAGCCAGCAGAAAGGUAUAUAAGAUCUAGAGUACCAAGACCGAGCUAAUUAAAACUAUCCUUCCUGUAUCUCUAUGUGAAACCUUACAGGGACAACUUGCUAAUUGUACUUGCACAUCCACAGACAAAGAGUCUGUUGGAGGAGGUGAUAAGAGCUGUUGUUAAAAUAACUGUGCUCUGGAACUGGUCUUGCAGAAACCCCCUUACCCUCCUUCAUUUAGUGCCCUGCUUGUUUUCUACUUCUGUAUCAGAGAAGUUACAUAGAUUGAUGAGACUCUGUCAUCUCUGAGAAAUAAAAUUGUAAAAUAAGGAUGUCAAGGAAGAGGAGGUAGUAAAACAAAAGUGCAAGAUGUGACUGAAAGAUAAAGAAUGAAUGUGAAUAAAUGCGUGUGAUGCAAAUAAUUAGCAAAUCAAAGGUGGCAGCCUAAGAGUUAUAACUGUAAUAUCACAUGGCCUAAGAAUGCAUAGUGCGGAGAUAACUAGAUGACCCCGCAGGGCAAGCCGGAAUCCACCCAAGUGCCCUCCCCCCCGAAUGAAGACUCAAAGAACAAGAUAACACUCAACCAUCAGGGAUGUGCCAUCUGCUGAUUGAUUAUCACUUCACACAAACAUCAGCAUGAUGAAGCGAUUCCCAUAGACUUGUAUAAGGACAAAAUCCUAUAAGAACAGAACCAAAAACUCAGGGACUUUGAGUCUGGUUCUGCAACCACCCUCCAGGAGCGUUGGAUGUGCAUCUGACAACAACUCGGCUCCACCCUCGUGUCCAGGCUACCUGGCCAGUAACUUGGCACGAGCAACCUCUAGGCUGGUAAGUAUAACAACUUCAGUUUGCAGACCGUGUGUGCAUGUAUGGAUGUAUGGAUAGAGAGUUGUCUUUAUAAAUGAUUGUAUUUUGCUUCCUUUCAUAAAUGAACUACUGUUUUGUAUUACCAACAAAUGCGGCGCUUUUGCCUUAUCCCUCUUACAAGAUCUUGUUGGUCUUUAUUGGUAUAACACAGUCUGCUUCCAAAGGCCCAGAAGGAUCCUUGAAAAUUCACUAGUUUACAUCAGCUGAGGACAUGGCCUGUAAUCGAUUUUCAGCUCCAGUGCUGUCACUGAAUCACUAAAUGCUCUUCCACCUUUUUUGUUUUCAAACCGUGCUGUCCACACAAGACUAUGAAAUUCGCUGAUGUUAUGUUUCCGUAAUAAACUUCUCCAAACUGA